GCAGAGAACGCAUAACCGUACGCACAAUCAAACAAGUUUCCGCAGAGAAAAUAAAAAUUUUAAAUUUAUAAAAAAAAAAAAGAAAAGGAAAUUUCAUGGGAAGUUCGAUGAAUAGUGUGUUCUCCGCCGACGAUUUCUCUGACUCGUUCUGGUCGUCCCCUGGCGCGACUCCGCCUCGGGAUCCGGAUCCGCUUCAUGAGUUGCCGAUGCACCGCAGCCUAUCGGAGUGGGCGCUGCAGGAAUUUUUAGCUGAUACUCCUGUGGUUUCGCAAUCGACGGCGUCGAGAAAUGGUACUUCGGUGGUGACGCAACCGACGGUGUUGACAACUGAGGAAGGCUUUGAUGAUGACUUGAUGGAGAUCAAGACGCCGCCAUAUCAGGAUCAAGCUCUUCCUGGACCGUUGGAUCGAUGUGCUAAUUAUGAUGAUUACCAAGCUUAUCUCAAAAGCAAACUCGAUCUAGCUUGUGCUGCUGUUGCUCUUAGGGGUUCUUUUGUGAAGCCAGAAGAUAAACCUUCUUUAACUGAGAAUCAAAGACAGGCUCAGUUGGGAUCUCAGGCUCUUGUGACACAGCAAAAAGCUGAUGUUGGAUCACUUGGCACUACGCCCUUACCUGCCAUGCAAGGGAAAUCAGGGGUGCAAGUUGGGCAAGCAGCCAGUGGCUCAUCAAGAGAAGAUUCAGAUGAUGAUGAGCCUGAAGGAGACACAGAGAAUACAGAGGGUUCUGAUCCAGUGGAUGACAAACGUGCUAGAAGGAUGUUGUCAAAUCGUGAGUCAGCUAGACGCUCUAGGAGAAGAAAGCAAGCCCAUUUAAGUGAACUAGAAGCACAGACUGGUCAGUUGAGAGUUGAUAAUUCUUCUUUACUGAAAGGCCUUACGGACCUGAAACAUAAAUGCGAUGACGCCAUUGUUGACAAUAGAAUAUUGAAAGCUGAUAUUGAGACAUUGAGAGUAAAGGUGAAAAUGGCAGAAGAAACAAUGAAGAGAUUGACAGGGGUGAACCCAAUGCUUUUAGCUAAGCAUGAUGCCAAAUUUGCAUUGAUUGACAAUUUCAUGGGAGCAUCUACAAAUGCAACCUUACCAAUGCAACCGAACCCAAACCAGUUCUUUCACCAACCAGGGCCAAGCAUUGCUACUACCACCCCAAAUAUCCAUAAUUUGGAUCAUGGUAUCCCAAAUAACACCCAGGUUUCCAUUGAAAAUCUGCAAAACAACAGCGGUGGAAACAACAGGGCUGAAACUUCCAUCUCGCAACCUUUGGUUAACAGAGAGCAUGUGCACCAGCUGAUUCACCAUAUAGUCAAUCCAUCUGGAUCGGGGGCUAUAUCUGGCUGGGACUCUGGACUUGCUCAUGCAAGUGGAGGUAAGAAUGUUAAGAAGCAGAACUAGAUUUGGUGUGGUCUAAAUAAUCUGUCAUUCAUGACAAAUUGGCAUAAAAAAGUUUAUCUUGUCGGACGGCCAUAAGUUUAUAUUUAUUGAUGAACCAUGGUUUGCACUGCAGAUCUGUACUAGUUUUUAUUCCAAUUCGUCGGUCAGCUUUGUAAAGAGAAAUAUGGUUCUGAUCUAGGCCAUAAUGCCCAAGGUAUUCAAAGUUCAAAUGAAAUGAUGUAAUAUCCAAAUCUGAUCCAAUGGCUAACAGAACGAUUUCAUGUGUUAUAAAGGAAAAAUUUACACCGUA